AUGGUUGCUGAUCCGGAAACCGUUCAAGACACUACUACACCUCUUCAUGUUGAUAGAGACGUAGAAGUGGACUUCUCUAUGUAUAAGAAGUUGGCUGAUAGUAUCCAUCCACCUUAUCAAAGCCCCUCUGUUCUACUAGACUGCAUGGUCGAGCAAGUCGGUGCUACGAUUAGGAGUGAAUCCGCGGGUGUUGCUAUUGUUGGUGGUGAGGAAUGUAAGAGAUACGAAGCUCGAAAGCUAUCCGAGUAUAUCGAAGCAAUAGCACAAGACUGGGGCGUAUCGAAAGAAGAUAAGAAGUCCGAUACUGAUGACUCCGAUACGAAUCCUUAUCAUCAUCUGGAGGAUACUGUUCUUCCCAGUUUGGAUGAUUUGAAGUGUCGUUUUAGAGGUGUGGAGAUGUUUGGGCAUGAAAGAGUUGAUGCUGUCGCUAAGAGGGUUGAUCAUUGUUUUCGUAUCCCUGAUACUCCAACCGUGGGACAGUCGGAGCCUCUUACUGCUGAUCAGAGAAGGGCUCUGAGGACUAAAAUAAUUCCCUUCAUGCCGAAGCGAUUAAGUCGGGCCUCUAUCGAAAGGUUGUUGCUGCUAACAGAAUUUGCUAAGUUGAUGAAUUCCGUUACACCUGUCAAAAAAGGGCACGUGGGAGACUGCAGUUUAGCCUCGCUGAUCGACCGAACGGUGUGUGAGAAGAUUCCUAUUGGGUUGUUGAGGCAGCGACUUGGUGCGCUGAUAUACGGCAGGGCGGCGGCUGAGCCCUACCUAGUUACACGUUAUUGGUCUAGAUAUGAUGCUACGCUUAUUGCCAUUUAUUAUCCGACGCCUCCAGGAAGGAUGUGUAUGCAUACAUGGAGAGAAGAAGUUGAAGUCGGUGAGAAAGAAGAGGAGGAAGAAUCAAUGCAGGAGGAAAACGAAGUCGAUGCGGAUGGCCAGGCCGCGGAAGAUCCAAAUGCUGAUUUGCAGGCAUCUAAGGGUCCUCAGUAUGAAAUUCGGGAAGCCGUCGAGAAAUGUUAUGUGCCGGCUGAUGGGAGUGUGAUUAUUUCAACAAGGUUUACUCGUACGAGUGCGAUCGGGAAGACCCCUGUGGACUGUGAUGCGGGUGCAGAGGAGAAAGCGAUGGAAGAGGAAACCCUGGUAGCAGGGGAGGAGGGGAACGAUGAUGAUAUUCAGCACGAGGAUGAAUUUAACAGGGAGCUCAUAUGCAGUAGACGAGUUGCGAAGGCAUUUGUGAAGGGCUGCACUCUGAGGGUUGGGGAAUCGUACGUGUCGUGCGUGUUUGAGGAUUCAUCUCGCUUCACCGUCACCCGAGAGGGAGAGAACGGGUUCGUGCUCAUGUAUACUCCUUUGAAAGCUACAUGGGUUACACUUUGUCCUCAUCAAGGUAUUGAAUUGAAACCUCAAAAGGUGACGUUUGAGAAACCGUUGAUGCGGAUGGUCCCCAACGCUCGCUGCGGCGAUUUAGUAUGUGACGUUGAGACAAGUAGAAGAGUAUUUCCCAAGGGUGUUAUCAUGCGGGAGUUGACGAGUGGGAGGAAGGAGUUGUUCUAUCCUGAUGGUACGUUCAGCUAUCGAGACCCGACUCCUGAGGAGCUGGCCGGCUCGUUUCACCUUCUAGUAGAUUCUCGUCCGGGGAUGUGGAUUGUUAUAAAACCUAGGAGCGGUGAAAUGUAUAGACGCUGGAACUGUCCGCAGCGACCUGAGCCUCUAUCACAAGUAGUUGGUGAGGGAGAGGAAGAGCAGACGAAGGUUGAUGCAGAGUUCCAAGCGGCAGAGAAGAGGUACUCUGAUGAGAUCAAGUGCUUAGUUGAAGGAGGUAUGUGUGAGGAGGAACUCGACACGAAGGUUCCUACUGCGACCCAAGUUGAUCCUGAUAGCGGCGAUGAGAUCGUCACUAAUAACCUUGGCACGAUGAUUAUCACUACGCGAGAUGGGUCUACGCGAACUUGCGUGAUAUCAUUGGAGGACAGCUCGAAGAUCUCCGUUGAAUUCGAUGGAGAAGAGAAAAGGGUAACCGUCGAGAGGCCAGAUACGAGAGAGGCCAUCGAGAUCGAUGCGAUUACUGGUAAAACAGUGGUAGUUGGCACCCCGUACGUUUCUGAAUUCAUCGAGCAUGCUGAUGACGGUGGUUCGUUCAUGUUGAGAUGCGUCGAUAAUGAGAGGAAUUCAUUCGAGAUAGAUGGCAGGACGAAUCGCUGUUCGGUGAGAUUGGCGACGUCGUUGGGCGAAUCGAAGGACAUGCCUUCCCCUAGGCCUGGAGCGCCUUUAGCUGAGGUUCCACCUUCGAUGACGGCUCUAUAUCAUGCUGAUAAAGACUUCCUACCAGCAGUGGAUGGUUUAUCUUCGCAUCCUCCGAGGCUCAUCGUGAUAUAUGGUGAUGGUAUCAGUGAGGCUCAGGAGAUUCUGCCAUCUAGGGAGGCUAGGGAGGCUCUCAAUGCUUCUGACCUUAUCAAGGAGAGUGUGCCUAUGGACCUGCCGAUGGACGGAUAUGAGUUUACAACAGUGAGGCAUCUAAUAGAGUAUCCUGAGGUUGACCAUAAGUUGAUGCAUGAAUUCGAGGAUGCCUGUACACGAUAUGAUGAGUGGAUGGAAGCUCAUAGGGGGUUGCACGAUGAGCUUGCCGCCCGUAUGCAAAGGGAGGCCGAGGCUAAGGCUGCUGAGAAGACGAACAAGAGGAAGAAUACGAAAUCAUGA